AUGUUUGACUUUUCAUACAAAAAAGUAAGUAAAAAAAGCUCACAAUCAAGUAGAAAGGCAAUUAAUGUAAAUAGCAUUUUUUCGUUUGAUACUGGACGUAAUGAGGGAUGUGGUAAAUCCGAUAAAAGUCCUUUCUACUCUGAUUGCUUUCAAGUUAAUCACCACAUUCCUCCUCAAGUUUAUAAAUCAGUAAAUAAUAAUAGCAAUGACAAUAAGGAUGGUAAGAGUGCGAAAAAGCAUGGGGAGGCUAUGUCAAAUUUUCACAGUAAUUUAUUAGAGUCUCUAUAUAAGUACAAUGUAACAGCCGCAUGCAUUGAAGAAGGUCCUGUGGUCAAUAAGACUGCUGACUCUAUGUCAGAUUUGAACUCUGAAGCUACAAGUACGAGUAAAGAAGAAAGGGAUUUUAACAUGUUACAUACUGAGACUAUGCCAGAUUGUAGUGUGAAUGUUGAUGAACAUUUUUGUGGUGAAUUAUCAAGCAUAUGUAAGCAUUGUUCUGCUUUACACUUCAAAGAUGAAGUAAAUAGACAAGGUGCAUACAAGAAUUGCUGUCAUUUCGGUAAAGUAA